AAUUCCUUGAGGUCGGCAAAAAGCAGCCUGCCCUCGAUGUUCUCUAUGAUGUUAUGAAAAGUAAAAAACACCGAACAUGGCAGAAAAUCCACGAGCCAAUUAUGCUGAAGUACCUGGAACUCUGCGUGGAUCUCCGCAAGAGUCAUCUGGCAAAAGAAGGACUGUACCAGUACAAGAACAUUUGCCAGCAGGUGAACAUCAAAUCUUUGGAGGAUGUUGUUCGAGCCUAUUUAAAAUUAGCUGAAGAAAAAACCGAAGCAGCUAAGGAAGAAUCCCAGCAGAUGGUACUGGACAUAGAAGACUUAGAUAACAUUCAAACUCCAGAAAGUGUUCUUUUGAGUGCUGUAAGUGGAGAAGACACUCAGGAUCGUACUGACCGACUGCUUUUGACACCCUGGGUUAAAUUCCUGUGGGAAUCGUACAGACAGUGUUUGGAUCUUCUCCGAAAUAAUUCUCGAGUGGAACGCCUGUAUCAUGAUAUUGCACAGCAAGCUUUCAAGUUCUGCCUGCAGUACACGCGUAAAGCCGAGUUCCGUAAGCUCUGCGAUAACCUGCGGAUGCACUUGGGGCAGAUCCAGCGCCACCAUAACCAAAGCACAGCCAUCAACCUCAACAAUCCUGACAGUCAGUCCAUGCACUUGGAGACCAGGCUGGUGCAGCUCGACAGUGCUAUUAGCAUGGAGCUGUGGCAGGAAGCUUUCAAAGCAGUGGAGGAUAUUCAUGGGCUAUUUGCACUGUCUAAGAAACCACCCAAACCACAACUGAUGGCAAAUUACUAUCACAAAGUUUCAACUGUCUUCUGGAAAUCAGGAAAUGCUCUGUUUCAUGCAUCCACACUUCACCGACUCUAUCACUUAUCAAGAGAAAUGCGGAAGAAUCUCACGCAGGAGGAGAUGCAGAGAAUGUCUACUCGGGUCCUUUUGGCCACUCUGUCGAUUCCCAUAACUCCCGAGAGAACCGAUAUUGCUCGCCUGCUGGAUAUGGAUGGCAUCAUUGUUGAGAAACAGCGACGGCUGGCAACCCUGUUGGGUCUUCAGGCCCCACCUACCCGUGGCAGUCUCAUUAAUGAUAUGGUAAGGUUCAAUGUAGUGCAGUAUGUUGUUCCAGAAGUGAAAGAACUUUACAAUUGGCUUGAAGUCGACUUUCACCCGCUCAAGUUGUGUAGCCGUGUCAGCAAGGUUCUGAACUGGGUGAAAGACCAAGCUGAGAAGGAACCGGAACUGCAGCUGUAUGUUCCUCACCUGCAAAACAAUACCAUUCUUCGCCUUCUGCAGCAGGUGGCCCAGAUUUAUCAAAGCAUUGAAUUUUCUCGUCUGGCUACCCUGGUUCCUUUUGUUGAUGCUUUCCAGCUGGAACGUAGUAUUGUUGAUGCAGCCAGACAUUGUGACUUACAAGUUCGCCUUGAUCAUACUACCCGGACACUGAGUUUUGGGUCGGAUUUGAAUUACAGUACGAGAGAAGAUGCUCCCCUAGGCCCUCAGCUGCAAAGCAUGCCUUCUGAGCAAAUUAGGAACCAAUUGACUGCUAUGUCCUCAGCUCUGGCGAAGGCUCUUGCAGUCAUUAAGCCUCCCCACUUACUGCAAGAGAAGGAAGAGCAGCAUCAGCUGGCGGUCACUGCCUUCUUAAAAAAUUCAAGGAAGGAGCAUCAGCGUAUUCUUGCACGUCGUCAAACGAUAGAGGAAAGAAAAGAGCGCCUUGAAAGCUUAAACAUUCAGCGUGAAAAAGAAGAACUGGAACAACGUGAAGCAGAGUUACAAAAGGUCCGGAAAGCUGAAGAAGAGAGACUGCGCCAGGAGGCAAAGGAAAGGGAGAAGGAGCGUAUCCUGCAGGAGCAUGAGCAGAUCAAAAAGAAGACUGUGCGUGAGCGCUUGGAGCAGAUUAAGAAGACUGAACUGGGAGCCAAAGCGUUUAAAGAUAUUGAUAUUGAGGAUCUCGAAGAAUUGGAUCCUGACUUCAUUAUGGCUAAACAAGUUGAACAGCUUGAGAAAGAAAAGAAGGAACUUCAGGAACGUCUGAAGAAUCAGGAGAAAAAGAUCGACUAUUUUGAAAGAGCGAAGCGCUUAGAAGAAAUUCCUUUAAUAAAGACCGCAUAUGAGGAGCAAAGAGUGCAUGAUAUGGAGCUGUGGGAGCAACAGGAGGAGGAAAGGAUCACCACUUUGCAGUUGGAGCGUGAGAAAGCCCUUGAGCAUAAGAACAGACUCUCAAGGAUGUUGGAGGAUAGAGAUUUAUUUGAAGCCAGGCUCAAAGCAUCACGACGAACAGUUUACGAGGAUAAACUCAAGCAGUUCCAGGAACGGUUAGCAGAAGAGAGGCGUAAUCGUUUGGAGGAACGCAAGAAACAGCGCAAGGAAGAGAGACGCAUCACUUACUACAGAGAAAAGGAGGAAGAGGAACAAAGAUUGCGAGAAGAACAGCUGCUUAAAGAGCGUGAGGAAAAGGAACGCAUUGAGCGUGAGAAACGCGAGCAGGAGCAGCGUGAGUACCAGGAACGUGUCAAAAAACUAGAAGAACUGGAGAAGAAAAAACGUCAAAGAGAAAUGGAGAUAGAAGAAAUGCGUCGUCGAGAAGAAGAAAGGAGGGGUCUGGAUGACCCAUUUUCAAGAAAGGAAUCUCGUUGGGGUGACAGGGAGUCUGAAAGCUCCUGGAGAAGAGGUGGUGAGACAGAAUCUGAAUGGCGACGAGCACCAGUGGAAAGAGAUUGGCGUCGAGGAGAACCGAGAGAUGAUGAAAGACCUUUCAGACGAGGGGAUGAUCUGCCGCGACGAGGAGAUGAUCUGCCGCGACGUGGGGAGGAUCUGCCCCGGCGUGGUCCUGCAGAAGAAAAGGAACGACCUUCUGUGGAAUCAGCGGAGGAGAGGCCGCCCAGGCGUGAAGGGGAGGAGGAGAGGCCGCCCAGGCGUGAAGGGGAGGAGGACAGGCCGCCCAGGCGUGGGUUGGAUGAGGACAGGCCGCCCAGGCGUGGUCUGGAUGAUGAUAGAGGGAGCUGGCGGGCUGCAGACGACGACAGGGGGCCCAGGCGGGCGUUGGAUGACGACAGGCCGCCCAGGCGAGCGUUGGAUGACGACAGGCCGCCCAGACGCGGCUUGGACGAUGACAGAGGCAGUUGGCGGGCGGCAGAUGACGACAGAGGACCCAGGCGUGGGCUGGACGACGACAGGCCGCCCAGACGGGCUUUGGAUGAUGACAGGCCGCCCCGGCGCGGGCUGGAUGACGACCGGGGCAGUUGGCGUGCU